AUGUUAUCACGCGGUUAUACGGGUUUGUUCUUUGAGCAGCCGGUAUUAAAUCGCACAGCUACGAGUCCCAGAAUCCCAGCACUGUGCUGGUGGCUGUCAGGGUUCAUGAGGCCGCAGGACGACAUAUCAAGCCCGACGCGAACGUUCGUGUUCUGUUACGCGAUUCCUUCUCCGCAACGGUACCAAGAUCCCCUUCUGCCCGGACGUCACCAGCUAGGUGUACUCGACCGAGGUCAAGAAGAUGGAGAUGCUUAUGGAGAACUUUCACAGGCGCCCCAAGCAGCAUCGAGGCCGGGAACUCGCUGGAGGAUACGGCAAGGUCAUCAGCGCACUGCUCAUCGAACUCAAGAGCGCCAUGGGCCGGAAGAAGCUGCGACUGGACUCCAACAUCUACGAGGCGGUCCAGAAGGAGGGGCGCAUCUCUUGCGAAGAAGACAGGGACGCUGCCAGCUGCGUGUGUCGUGUUCGUACAACUUCAAUAUUCAAUGUUCAAGGUUCAAAGUUGAGUUCAUGUUCAAAGUUCGAAUUCUCAGCCACGCAGGACGCAAUACAUGCGCCGCGGGCGACCAGCUAAAGGCAACCCUUCGAGCAUUAGAACGAUCCGGAAGCCAUUACUUGUCCUUACAGCCUGCCCAGAUCUUCUUUUCUCUCUCCUCGGUGCCUGAUCACGGUUAUCUUGGAGUGUCAAGAGGCAGCACUGCCUACCCUAUACCGUGA